GUACAUUUUUGCUCUCCUUUCUGGAUCCUGGCUUCUACCUCUGUCCCUGAUUCUCUUGCAUAGAAGUACUUUCCAUGGAGCAGGUCAAUGAGACUGUGGUGAGAGAGUUCAUCUUCCUCGGCUUCUCAUCCCUGGCCAGGCUGCAGCAGUUGCUCUUUGUUACCUUCCUGCUCCUCUACCUGUUCACUCUGGGCACCAAUGCAAUCAUCCUUUCCACCAUUGUGCUGUACAGAGCCCUUCACACCCCCAUGUACUUCUUCCUUGCCAUCCUCUCCUGCUCUGAGACUUGCUACACCUUCGUCAUUGUACCCAAGAUGCUGGUUGACCUGCUGGCCCAGAAGAAGACCAUUUCUUUUGUGGGCUGUGCCAUCCAAAUGUUUUCCUUCCUCUUCCUUGGCUGUUCUCACUCCUUCCUGCUGGCAGCCAUGGGCUAUGAUCGCUACAUGGCUAUCUGUAACCCACUACGCUACACAGUGCUCAUGGGACAUGGGGUGUGUAUGGGACUAGUGGCUGCUGCCUGUGCCUGUGGCUUCACUGUCUCCCUGGUCACCACCUCCCUGGUAUUUCGUCUGCCCUUCCACUCCUCAAAUCAGCUCCAUCACUUCUUCUGUGACAUCUCCCCUGUCCUUAAACUGGCAUCUCAGCACUCUGGCCUCAGUCAGCUGGUCAUAUUUAUGCUUGGUGUAUUUGUCUUGGUUAUUCCUCUGCUACUUAUUCUAGUCUCCUAUGUCCGCAUCAUCUCUGCGAUUCUGAAAAUCCCUUCUUCCGUUGGGAGAUACAAGACCUUCUCCACCUGUGCCUCUCAUCUUAUUGUUGUAACUGUUCACUACGGUUGUGCCUCUUUCAUCUACUUAAGGCCCAAGACCAAUUACUCUUUAGGCCAAGACACCCUAAUAUCUGUAUCAUAUACCAUCCUUACCCCAUUGUUCAAUCCAGUGAUUUAUAGUCUGAGAAAUAAGGAAUUCAAAUCAGCCCUACGAAGGACAAUUGGCCAAACUUUAUAUUCUCUUAACUAAAGAGCCAUUUUUUUAAAACUACUAAUGCCUAGUACAUGCCAGGGAAAAUGUGUGCUUUUAUACAUUUUCUCAUUUAAUUGUCCAACUGUGCUGUAAUGUAAGAACAUUUCACAUAUGAGAAGAAUGAGGCUCACAGAAGUUAAGACAGUCUGUCUUUCCA